AUGAAUAAGAAAAACAUUGAGGAUCUUGAUUUAUAUUCAAUACUCGAUGUCAAAAUAACAGCUACUGAAGCAGAAAUCAAAAAGGCUUACAGAAAAAAGGCACUUGUAUGUCACCCUGACAAAAAUCCAGAUGAUCCUAAAGCUGCAGAAACUUUUCAUGAACUGUCUCGAGCUUUAGAAAUACUCAUAGACAAAUCAGCUAGAGAUGCUUAUGACAAAGUACUUAGAGCAAAAGAAGCAGCACAGUUACGACAUCAAGAGUUAGAUUCUAAGAGACAAAAACUUAAGGAGGAUUUGGAACGACGAGAAAGGGAGGCACAUUCAAGCAAUAAAGUUAAUUUGACUGAUGAACAGAAAUUAGCAGCGGAAAUAGAACGUUUACAGCGUGAAGGUAGCAAACUCUUAUUAGAAGAACAAAAAAGAGUAAAAGAAGAAAUACAAAGAACAUUGGGUCGUCUUAAUGAACCAGGAUGGGAUUCAAGUUUAAACAGGAUAAAGAUCAAGUGGAAUGUAGAUAAAAAUGAUUCAAAUAAUGGUGGAUAUAAUGAGUCAAACUUGAGAAGAUUUUUAAAAAAAUAUGGAGAAAUUGUAGCUCUCAUAAUUUCACCUAAAAAAAGAGGUAGUGCCUUGAUUGAGUUUGCAACAAAAGAAGCCUCGGAAAUGGCAGUGGAGUUUGAAAAGGGUUUGCCAGACAACCCUCUCACAUUAAAAUGGUUAAAUGAGAGACCUAUAAUAUCAAUAAAAAAAGAUGCCAAUGGUCCAUCACUUGUGUCAGAUCGAGAUUAUGAGUCAAUUGUUUUAACUAAAAUGCGACAAGCUGCAGAACGACAAAAAUUAAUAGAAGAGAUGCUAAAUGAAGAGCAUGAAAAAUAA